AUGUCGCCUGAACAGUUCAUAAAAAGUGAACAUUUUAUCCUUGCCGUUCAUGUGAAUUUAAAAAAAACAAAAAAAAAAAAACAAAUUGUCAUCUAGCCAUUUAGCCAUUUUAGCGAAAACUACCCAACAAUUCUUCCUCAAUUCGGCCAUUCGUACAUCCCACUCGUUAGCAGGUAUAUUAAGCAUACUAACCAUAUUGACCAUAUUGACCAUAUUGACAAUAUUUACCAUACUUGGCACCUUUACCACAUUCGCCGCCUCACCGCCUCACCAAACGCGCAAAGCAGCAGACUCCUCGUUGCGCCCAUCCAAUUUUAACCAUCUGUACGCGUGGCAUACGGAGUAUAACCCCCCCAGCACGGCGCUUAGCUUCCCAUUUUCUGCACAUCCCCCCGUUCAACAUGGCUAGCAACGCAAAUUUAUUAACUGUAAAAGGCGAAGGGGACUAUGGCAAACUGAACGCCUUUUUCGCCGAGCACUCGUACUACCAAAACCACAUGCUAAGUGCCAUGGAUUUGAAAAUCUUUAAUCAAAUAAAAUGUGUGGUAAGUAAAGAUACAUACCCCCAUUUGUACCGUUGGUAUAAGCACAUCGACUCGUUGCCCAGUUAUGUCACAGACCAAUUUAAGGAUCCCAGCGAAAAGGGGAAAAAAGCUGCAGGUAGCCACGCACCAGAGAAAAAAAGCACCCCAGAAGAUGAUGAUGUUGAUAACGAUAUUGACCUAUUCGGGGACAGCAAUAAUGAUGACCAGAACAUCCUCUUAGAGAAAAAAAAACAGAAAGAAGAAGAAUUAAAGAAGAAGAAGCAAAAGGAAAAGGAGAAAAACAGGUCCAUUUUAAUUAUCGAAAUAAAGCCCAAAUCAAUUGACACAGAUAUUGCUAAAAUCCCCAAACUGGUUAAGCAAAAAAUUGUGGAUGAAAAUAUCAAAUGGGGUGAGGAAGUAAAAAAAUUACCCGUAGCUUUUGGCCUGUACAAACUUCACAUGUCAUGUAUUAUCUAUGACGACUUUGUCAAUACGAAUGACUUGAUGGAAAAGAUAGAAAAUAUAGAUUUGGAAAAUGAGGAGGACAAGAAAAAGAGGAAGCUGAUUCUCGGGCUGGAUGGAGAGGUAAACGGCGGCAACAGUGACGAAGAGGGCGACGACGAUGGGGCUAAUGAGGACGACGUGAAUUACGAAGACGUGGAGGACGACCUGGACUUCCUGGUGCAGUCGGCCGAGAUUAUCACCUUCAACAAGUUGUGA